GGCCGCAACAACCAAGGUGACAGGCACCUAACGCUUCUGACACCCUGCUUUGCCCCACCUCUGUACCCUCCAGCACUGCAUAAAGUCUGUGACACUGUAAAUCACGCUCACCCCCAUCCCUGCAUCCCACUGCAUAGGGAUGAAACCCUUACGAACAACCUUUAGGCCAUCAAAACAUUAAAAAAUUCAGUGCGGGGGGAAAUGUGCCGAAGGAGAGGGGUGCUGUGCUUGGGAAGCCGGAGGUGUUUUGCCACUAAGGUCACAGCUCCCAUCUCAGACUGCUCAAUAUGUCAACUGUGCUUGUGGUGCUUUAACCUCCCCUGCACUGAGGGGGAUUUACUUGCUAGCCCCCAGGCAUGCUCCAGCCUUUAUUCCAAACCACUGGGACUUCAAAGAAAAGGAGGUUCUCUUUAAAUAGCUGUGCAAGGGAAAAAUGACGCUGACGCAUGCCCAACCUGCCUGGCCUCAGCGAUAACUUGGGCUUCUCCUUCCAGUGGCAGGAAUGUGUCUCCCAGCCUUGGAAAACCGGUAUGUUUCCCAGUGCAUCCAGUUCUUCCCAGUGCAAACCUCCCAGAUAUGGGACUUCAUCUUUCCCAGGUUCUUGUGUGUCCCAGGACAGACUGAGCCAGGAAAACAUUCAGUUUGUUUUAGCUGAUUUGCCUCCACAGCUGUAAUCUUCAAAUGAAUUUUACGCAUCUCAGGAAUUUAUUGCUUAGUUCAAAACAUGAACCCCCAUGGCUCUGACUGUGGGGAGGGCACCCCCAGGGACAGGCACCCCCAGGGACAGCAGAGCCACCUGAGCUCUAGCAGCAGCAAAAUGAUUUCAGCUGGAGAGGGAGCACAGGUUUCCAAUAAAAGGGCUGAGUUGCAGCAGGGAAGAGCUAUAGCUCAGGGGGGCUACGUGGGAGAGUAAAACAGAUUGAAAAAAUAAUAUUUAGCUUGUUACCUCAGCUGCUGGGUUGUGCUUCUCUGAAGUCCUUCACAUCAAUAUUUACCUCUAAAAAACACCCUCAGGUGCUAGUUCAGCUCUGUGUGCUUUUUGUAGCUGGUAAAGUAACUCCAGGGGUUAUCUGAGGAGUCGGCAGGGUGGGACAUGCUCCCAGCCCUCCUGCUUCCCUCUGGCCGGGGGGGUUAUGCCUGUUGCAGGGGGUGCUGUCUCAGCAGUGGGGCUUGGGGUCUCUAGGGAGCCUGGGAUGGAAGGGCAGGGAGGCAGCUGAGGUGACGUGGGGGUCUCAGGGCUGGGUUUGGUGGGUGUUGCUGGGGUGCUUGCACCUGUCUGCAAGCGUGGGAGGGGGGUGACAGCAGGGACCUGCCCUGGGCGGAGGUGGCUGUGCCCUCCCAGGGAAGGUAGGUGAGGCUGGGGGCUUCUCUUGCCCUGGGGUAGCAUUUUAUCGAUGGUGGGUGCUGCUGUCCUAAAUGGAUAAUCUUUGCUCGCAAAAUGAUUUCCUAGAUACUACUGUGCCUAGGGAGUGAGACGCAUCCCUGGGAGGGGUUGUGACCUCUGAACCGGGGAGCUCCAAACCUUGAUUUAAAGAAGCAAGUAAACUCAGGCAGCCUGUUGCUGGGUGUGGGACUGGUGAGAAGGGGUGGAUUUGCCGUGAGUAGCUCUUUGGCAGGAAAGCAGUGCUUCGCUGGAGAAGAACGGCUGAGGCUGGAGCCCUGCUUUUCUCCACUCGCUCCACAAAAGAGUUGCAUUAAAAUCCCACGUGGGGAUCUGCGUGGGAUGGCGGCUUGGGUGCCUGAGCCCGCAGGGCUGACAGCUUCGCACAGCAUGUUUGUUCUGUGUGGACCAAACCUGAAACCACUGUACCUGCAGCACCGAAGCCUCUGCAGGGUGGAGCACGCAGUGCUCCCAUCCAGCGCUGUCUUUUCCACUGCUGCCUACAACAGGGAAAGAGCCAAAAGGGCAAAGAGGGCCCCAAACCCGCUGCGCACGGAGUGAGACCCAGAUGGCUCAUCAGCUGAAUUCCAGAGCAGCUUCCAGGAAGACAGCUGUCCUCAGCCCAGUACCAGACUCUUUCCACUACAGUCUUCUAGCACUUCUCCUGCAGCUCUUAAAACCAUAUCUGCUGCAACGGGCCAUCUCAGUAUGACAGGUGCUCAACCACCAGCAAUGUGCUCCUGGCCCAAAACCACUGACUGCCUCACCCAGGAGGGUCCUGAUGCAGAGGAAAAUUCACCUAUCACGUCCUUAGCCGAUCAAGGUGUCACUGUGGCUCCUGCAUCUCUCCAGUCACCCUCUAAUGUCAACCAAUCCAAGGAUUUAAUUCGCUGCCUGCCACCUCACCUGUCUAUGUACAUCCUGGGGCUUUUGGAUCAAAAAUCCCUCGAUGCCUGUGCUGCUGUGAGUAGAUGUUGGGCUUUUCUGGCCAAAGAAGUCAAGAGGGAACAUGGUUGUCGAAGUGUAAUACAGAAGAAGAUCCUGUAUUUACAGGGGUUGUGCCCUAGAGGAGCAGUUUCAAACUAUGCCGAAACAGUCAAUGUGACAAUUCCACAGUUAAACGAAGAGGGUGAUGUCAUCAGAGUGAAACGUCACAAAGGGGGAAGUAAAACAAAGGAGGAACACAACCUGCAGGCAGCCUAUCAUGAUCUGAAAACUGACACAAUCCAGCUGGAAGAGAGAAAUGUCUUCUGUGGCUCCUACAAUAUUCGUGUCCUCAUGGACCAAUCAGAUGAAAGCAGAAUAAUCCAUUAUAAUGGUGGAAACUUGGUAGCCAUCGGCUCCGCAGACCGAAAAGUGAGGCUUCUUGAUAUGUCGGGAAUGAAAGAAAUGCUGCCUCUGCUCUCUGGCCAUGCUGGAAGCAUCCAAGUGCUCUUCCUCCACGAGAAGAAGGGGCUCGUUCUCAGCGCAAGCGUUGACCUCAGCAUCAGAUGCUGGAAUAUAUACAGUGGUGCUUGUGUGAAAAUCUUUAAUGGUCACUGGGCGACAGUCACCUGCUUGGAUUUCCACGACGAGCAGUUUGUGUCAGGAGCCAGAGAUGGGAUGGUAAAAGUGUGGAGCCUGGAGAGUGGGAAAUGUCUCAAGACUCUGAAGCAUGACAGCACUGUUUGGGUAGUUAAAAUGCAUGGCAGGCGUGUUGUCAGUGGGUGCGACAGAGGGCUGGUGAAAGUCUGGUGUGCUGAUACGGGCACUCUGAUCAAAACUUUAGAGGGGCACCAAGGCCCAGUUAAGUGCUUGUCCUUUGAUCAGUGGCACCUAGUCACAGGAAGCACUGAUGGAUAUGUUCUAGGAUGGAGCAUGUUGGGAAACAUGAAGAGAUGCCUAACAGCUUUCUGCCACCCUAAGGAAGUUCUGUCUCUGGAGUUCCUCUAUCUCAGAGUCGUCAGUGGCUGUGCUGAUGGAAAGAUUCGUAUAUUUAACUACUUAACUGGAACCUGCCUGAAAGUGUUGACGGUCAAUAGCGGAGGGGGGCCCGUAUCUUUUUUCUGUGCUGCAGGAAACAGGAUGGUGAUCAACUUGCCAACUAGUCUGUUGAUGUUCCAGUUUGAGGAUGCCAGCUGGGACUGCACUUCAGAUGCCGAUAGAGAGACGGUGAGGAAGGAAGGACAGCGCAGCGGGACUCCAAGCAGAGCACUGCUUUGCCUUCAGCGAAAGAAACACCACGACCUCAGCCGGGUGUAUCGACUUGCUCCAGAGACACAAGAUGCUGACCAGCUCAUGCUGUCUUGCUGGAUCCGCUGCCAGUCACCAAAAAGCUGUGGAACAUCUCAAACUCUCUGCUAUGAACCGAUGAAAUCAGCAGCUUGCCAGCAACAGCAGCAGCUUUGCAAGAUGGAAAAGGCUUUUCGUAUUCAGGCAGAGCAGCAGAAAAAGCUUUUCAUUCCUGGUCCUAGACAGCCCCAUGCCUUUGCCUCAGGAAAGCUGGCGAGAGCACAUUCUGCAAGAAUCCGGGCAGAUGCUGAUAGCAGACUUGAACAUGGCCCUUCUCUUGAUGUACCUGCACAUCCUGACAGAGCAGAAGCCACUUUGCAGCAUGAAAAGAAAAGAGGCUCAGGUUGCCCAAUGUCCCUUGACAAGCUUCUCUUAAGGGUCAGCAUGCUGCAGAAUGCCUGCAAGUCAGCCCCAGUCAGCUCCAGCAUUAAGCACACUGCAGAAGUCAGAGAAGCAUGGGAACAUCCACGGGAGCAUCAGCAACACCGCCCUGAAAAGGCACAAAUAUACAAACCCCCUCUGCAACACAAGAAGGAUCAGACAGUCCAGCUCCAACAUGUAAGAUUGCAAAGUGAUCCCCUGACCAUGAAAAGAAUCUCUGUACCCUCUGAAACCAAAAUGCUGCAGCUCAAGCUGAAAAACUCUUUGCACGGACCCACUGUGAAUUCCUCCACGCCUGCUGCCCCAGUUGUGUGCCCAAAGAUGUGUGGUUUGCAGAAGAAAGCUCACAGUGGUCACAGUAAAGCUGUUCCUCUCCUUGAAGGUGGAGUUCAGCUUACCCAUCCCUUUACAGCUUCUUCCGAACUGGUCAAAUCAACACAUGUCAUGAUUGCACAAAUGAAAAAUGAAGCAGUUUCCAGGAGAAAAAAGGCCUUCUGUCUGUACGGUGGAGACCCUUCCCCAGGUGAUGGUGGGUUCAGGCUUCUGACGGGAAAACAGAAGGAAGCGUGUGAGGCAGCCACUGUAGCUCAGUAUCGGGCAGCACAGACAAAGCUCCUAGAAGAUCAGCGGAGAGCAUGCAAGAAGGUCUGGUUAAGGAAAAUUAAAGGCCUACCUAUAGAUUCUUUUACUGAGGAGAGGAAAAUAGCUGCUCCUGAACUUGGGCCUAAUGUGUUUAUCUGAUGUAAUCCCAACAAUUUGUCCAACAAAGAACCAGUAUCUGAGGAUCCUGGUGUCCAGCUGAGUCUGCCAUGUCAAGAUCCACAAGGAUCUUGACAUAUACAUUUCUAAGUGUAAAAGACUUCUCUGCUGUAAGUUUUUUCUAAGAAGUAUUAUUGGUAUAUUCAGCUAUUUCUCAAGACAGAGUGAAGAGACAGAGUCCUCUCCUGGAUUUACCUUGCUUUUGCUACAGACACAGCACUGACACUAUAGCUUGACAUAUGGCUCAGCUGUGUGUGAAUAAUAAUAAUAAUAAAAAAAAUGAUUAGAAUUUAUAUGGAUUGAUUAGAGUUUAUAAGCUGAAGAAGUGUGGACUGAAAACUGGCUGAGCAGCUGAGGCUGGAGGGUGGUGAUCAGCUGCAAAAAGUCUAGUUGGGGGCCAGUAACUAGCAGUGUAGUCCAGGGGCUGAUACUGGGUCUGAUUUAGACAUCUUAAUUAAUGACCUGGAUGAUGGGGCAGGGCACACCCUCAGCAAGGUGGUGGGUGGCACGAAAUGGGGAGGAGUGGCCGAUGCACUGGAGUUGUGCUGCUGUCCUGAGAGACCUGGACAGGCUGGAGAAAUGGGCAGAGAGAGACCUCCUGAAGUUCAGCCAGGGGAAGUGCCAAGUCCUUGCCCCUGGGGAGGAACAGCUCUAGGUACCAGGACAUGCUGGAGCCACCCAGCUAGGAAGCAGCUUAAAAAUUAUUUUUUAUUAAGAAAAAAGAAGUCAUGGUUUCUGUUUUUGUGGAUAAAACGCCUAAAUGUGCUUAUGUCCACCAAUGCUCAGGACUUAAAAUUGAUCUGAGUUGGGAAGACAAAGACCUCUUUAGUUGUCCAGCUUUGAGUGCCUGGGCCAGUGUACCAGCAAUCUUAUUCUCUUGCACUAGAGGUUCAAGGCAGGACACUCCUGCCCAUGGUCACAUAAAGGGUCCUUUCAGCAGCAAUGAAAGUCUGCGAAACUCUUCAUACAGAAGGGCGGUGAUUAGUUUUGGUUGAUUUUAAUGUCAUCUUCAACUUCCAAACCCUGGGGUUAAGCCGGACCUUGCUAACAGCGCAAAAUAAUGUUACCCCCCUGAAUAAUAACAAAGAGGUUAUAAAAACUAGAGUGUCCAGAUAAAACAGUGAGGAAGCCAGAAACUAAUGCAGAUGUGGGAGCUGGACUGUUGCAGUUCAGCUUUGCUGCUGAAAGGUUGUGCAGGCUGGGGAUGAGCGAGGGUGGGCAGCUGGCUGCCUUGGACAGCUGUGCUGUGGUACAGGGAGCGUAGCUGGCUGAGGUGGCUUUGCCUGAUGUUAGUUUUCAAACACAAAGCAGCAAGGAUUUCACGCUUAGCCACGGGAUGGCACUUUCUUACAAGAAAUCAGGCGCAAGCCCAGCCCAGCUGCAGCCAGAGGCCCUCUGGCACAACCCUGCUGGAAAAAAGCAUCUCAUAGAGGAAGCCCGAUGGAAAAACAUCACGGAAAGGCUCACGCCUUUUUAGCCAUGCUGAAGUGAGGAGGAUUCGAGUGUUGUCUUCCUGCUUGGAGUCAGUAAAUCAGCAUCUCCCUGCAGGUGUGAGUGCUUAGGCACUUGCAAGAUGCUACAGCUGACAGAGGUGGUGUGGAAUUACCUGCAGGGGCAGAGCUGGACUAAGUCCUGUGAUCAGCUUUAGCCUAGCACAGUGGAUGCAAAGCUGGGAGCAGAAAGUCAGAGGCGCACUGGAAAGGAAUUAACGUAUGGGGAGAUGUCAUACACGGUACGUAAACUCACUUAGGAAGGUAACUAAGAGGAGGUUGUUUGCCCGCCUUAACUUCUGAAUUAAAUUGACUUUUCUGCGUACCUGGCCUUUGGGUGUGCAGAAGUUACAAGCUGGGGAUGCUGUGGGCAGCGCUGCUGCUGUGCAGGGCACGACACAGCCACAAGCAAAGAGAAAGCCAGGCACAGUGGUGGCAAGGUAGUUUCAACAGAGUUUUGUUGUAAGUAGAUGCCAUUUAUGUUGUACUUGUCAUCCAUAAACUGUAGAUGAUAUUAUCCUGAUGUGAUAAUACCAUACUGACAUCCCAGCAAUUUUGUCUGUAUAGCUCCACAGGUGUUCCUAAACAAAACGUGCUUUUGCUUUUAUCUGAGUGGUGGUUAUAACUAGAAGUGUCUGUGUUUCAGCAUAGGAAUGGUGCCUGACACUUGACAUGAUGAGCAGAAAAGGAGCAAGAGAGUACUAAAAAGAGGCAACAACAAAGAUAUAAAGAGUAAAUUAAGUUUUUAUGUAGUACUGUAUUAAUCAGUAAUAGUUUUUGAUUGCCUGUGAAAUGGCAUGCUGACUUCAAUAAGCAUUGCAAGCGUACUUGUUAAUUAGGUAAACAAAAUGGACUUUUUAAUAUUGUCUUUAAAUUGAUGUGAAAAUAAAACCGCAGACAGGCAGUAUUGAAGUGAAAGGACAUUUUACUUUUUUGUGGCUGUACCAGACAUCAUGAGAUUAUAUCGUGUAUAUCAGAUGUAAGAUAGAAUUAAGAUAAGGUGAUUCUAAUAACUCUAUAGCAGCCCCUUCUAAAUAAAAAAAAUAAAUAAAUAAAAUUAAAGAUGUAUGAAAGACCAUUAAACAGCUAGAUGUUUACAUGAUGAACAUUAAGUUUCUGACUUGCAGUAUAACAGGCUUAUUUCUAUGGUGCCCUUAUGCUGUGGUUUUUCAGGUGUUAGCUUGAAUCCAGUACAGUUUGGGGGAAAGUCAUGAGAGGGAGGGCUGUGUCACUCAUGGCACUAGCAGAGCUCUUUACAAGAGCGGGGGUGUUAAUCCUGGAGCAUGGGUGAAUCUGAGCCCCAGGGUUACAGUCUGCAUGUCUGGGGAUUUUCCCCGUAGCCACAGCUCCACACCACACCUUGCUCUUCCUCCUGGAUGGCUCCAACUGUGGGGUCUGGGGC